AAGCGAAUGCCUGCUAAAAAAAACUUUUACUUCCAAACCAAAACAAAGACUAGAAAUACGCACUCGGCUCGGUGCGUGGGCAAUACGAUACCAAGCAGGGCAGUUUCGACUUGAACUGCAAGGCCAGCGCUCCAGAACUAACGUAGGUCACAAAUAAAAACCGUAGAGCCGUACAGACCACAGCUUCUGCAGCCGCACACAUUUUUUGACCAUUACGAUGAAACGAUCCAGUUUCAGUUUCUUACACAUCCCAAGCUAAGCUCAGCGCUCGGCCUUACAACGCGUAACGUGUUUUGAUACGGAGCUGAUCACAGCUGAUCACAGAGUAACUUUGUUUCGCGUGUUUGUUUUUUAAAUACCCACCCAGGUGCGCAUCACACCUCCCCAAAGCGCAGUCAGUACCGUCGCGACAGCGUCAAGGAAUCUCCCGGGGUUGUGGCACUCCGCCAGCUGACGGGACACUGGAUGCGAAGAAUGGGGGGGGGGGUCGUGUGUCAACGGGAUUUAUUAUUUUUUAGGAUUGCCGUUGGGAGCAAUCCUGUGGCAGAUGAUGCGAAUGACUGGAACAGAAAUAUGUUCAGGCUUUAUCAGUAGGGAUUAUUUGUUAUCGUGUGUGAGUGUUUUUCUUUAAAAGAUGAUAUGAUUAUAACAAUGAUCCCCCCUCCCCCCUCGUUCGGCUCGGCGGAGUGAUGUCACUGGUAGAAUGCUACGACCUCUCACAAAAGUGGAGUUAUUUCACUCGCCUGGGGUGUAGUUUUUAUCUUCCAAAGACGGUGUUAAAGUAGGAAAAAAAAAAACGAAAAGACAAAACAGAGAAGGAUGGGACUCAAAUAACAGAGGAGGCGCAGCACCGCACACUGGGUUUCUGGAAUGCAUUGUUACUAGUGAUCCUGUUUUGUGUGGAUCAGAAGGGGGUCGGUGCGUGUGUAUGUCUGGGCAAGAGGAUCCCUCGCCGAGGCAGAGGAACACGACUCAGGCGAGAUGUCAGCGCACACCGGAGCAGGGGUCCGCACCGGUCCCGUCCCGGAGCCGAAGACGAUAGCCGAGGCCCCGGUGAAGAGGCGACGCACAGUGGAAGACUUCAGGCAGUUCUGCAGCUUUGUGCUGGCCUACGCCGGGUACAUCCCUCGCCCUGCUGAGGAUCCGUGGGGUCCGAGCAGCGUGAGCCCACAGAACAACGGUGUCAGUGACGGCUUUCCAUCCUCGCCCGCCUGCGACCUGCACAGUGGUACCUGGCCUGCCAAGGGGCCCCGGGCUCGCCAGGGGGGGCCUAGACGCCGGAGAGGGGGUUCUGCUCUGCCACCGCUGCCCGCCAGGGUGGUGGCGUACCCUACAGCAAAUGGCACAGAAGGCGAGAGAAAGGGGAAGAGGAGGGGACUGACGGACCACACCGGUGCAGUGGGGAAGAGGAAGGUGUGCCACAGGACUAACGGUGUGGGUGGUCGCAAGCCACCCAGAAUGGAACAGGGACCCCCCAAAAAUACAAGCACCCAAGAGCGUGUCAAACUAGGGACAGUCAGCUCGGAGAGGGGGGAGACGCUUGAGGAAGCAGAGCUGGAUCGUGGAACCUUUCUCAGCAGCGAGUUGUGUUCUGGGGGGAUAACUUGCGUGUCGCACUCUGUAAACAGUGCAGACUGUAAACCUCUCCCCAUGCCAACCCCUCUGUGCCUUCGCCUUCCUGCAGGCUUUCAGUGUGGAGUCUCUAUGAGCUCUGCACCACCCAUCUGUAAGCAGGAGUGCAGAGCUGAGCAGGAUCAUAGUUUGGUUAAUCCACACUGGCCCAGUACGCAGAGUGUAGACCAUUUCCACAAAAGCUGCAGUGCUGUCCACCAGAUAAGCCCGCAUAAUAGUGUCCAGUGUUCUAAGGAUUCCAGCGACUGGUCCAGCAGGAGCGGUACAGUGCAGGAGAGAGCAGACGGGAAGGAGAUCGGGGAGCCUAUGAAUCUCAGUGUCGUGUGCCAGCCCAAACCCUUGCCAAGCGUGGACACCGAAUGGCAGGAGGAGGAGAAAGACGAUGUGUCCGGACAGCAGAGGGAAGACAGGAAAGAGCCAGGAAGCGGGGUGUGCCUCAGGCUGAGCGAGGAGCAGAGAGAAGGAGAGAGGCCGACGGAGGCCGGGCGGGAAGGACAGGCACGCAGGGGAAGGGUGGAGACUGAAAAGGGCGGAGAGCUGCCCGGGAAUGAGGAGCCGAGCUGGGAGAGUGUUGCCGGGGGCAACUCGGACAUCCUGAGGCUGGUGAUGGACGGGACGCCUAGGGGGACCGUGCCCGAGGACCAGGAAACUGGAUACCACACGGACUGGGACGGCAGCACCCAGGACCAGGGCGCCAGUGACACAGACCAGGACACGCGGCCUGGGGACUGCAGCACCACUGUCGGCUCUGAGGAGGACUCCUGGGAUCUGAUCACCUGCUUCUGCCUGAAGCCGUUCGCGGGACGGCCCAUGAUCGAGUGCAGCGAGUGCGGCACCUGGCUGCACCUGUCCUGCGCCAAGAUCCGCAGGAGCAACGUGCCCGACGUCUUCACCUGCCAGCGCUGCCGCGACUCCAAGCACGAGAUCCGCCGCUCCAGUCGGGCCAGGACCGGCCCGCGGAAGCGCUUCAGCGAGUAGGGGGGAGGAUAGCCUGCACAAACCCCUCCCCUCCCACAUUCACAUACGGCUGCGGGGGAGGAGACGGCAGGUAAAAAUACUGCCUUGAAAAGAGGCGCGAUCUUCCAAACCAGCGAGAGAAGGAGCAGAACUCUGUGUCUGAGAGUGGUGCGGCUCAGCUGGAGCUCGGACUACACCUUUGCCAAUCGGAUCACGCCCAGCUCUCAACUACUCGCACAGCCAAGCACAGCUCAGGCAGCACUGAGGUAGAAAGACACAACGAAGACGCCGGAGUUUCGUGUCCCCAACAGAUUUAAAUUAUUUUAUUCACUGACUAGUUAAUUGAUUGAACGGUGGCAUUCCUUAGGCUAACAAAAGACGGAUUCAAACAAUUUCAUAAAAGCACCAGGUGGCUCAGUGUUCAGUACCGGAGUAAAGACUGCCAGUGUUGAUUUUGAAACAUUCUUGACAAAUGACGCGAGUUUAACAAACGCACUGUCUGCGAAGGGCACGGUCAUGGCAAUGGGAGGAUUGAAGGCAGCGUGGCUGAGAGAGAAUGAGAUCUUCAUGGCCAGCUUUUUCUCCUAACCCGAGUCGCCCAGGACCAGCUCGCUUUCGCCAGAGGGCUACAGCUCUGCGGGAAUAGUGGCAGGACAGCAGGGCUGAUCAGGACUGAGGCUGUGCAUCAGCAUUUCAGAAUUGCGUUAAUGCUCAAGGAGAUCAUACCUGAUCACAAUGUCAUCAUUCCGACAGUGGCUGGCGUUUCAUAAUGAAAACGCAUCACUCCUCCAUCCAGAAGUUUGUACACGUUUUCUGCUCUAUUAUUUGACAUUGCUGUUUAAGAUCUUAGAUUAAAAGCAUUAGACCCGA